UUGGCCACUCCCGGGGAGCGCGAGACUACACUGUUUCGGGCGCUUUGCUUUGCUCUCUCAGUGUGUAUGCGAAUGUGCUCACUGCUCUCUCGUGGAGUGUGUGUGAGUUUUCACCAUUCACCCGUGCAGGGGGCCGGUAUAAAGCAUGUAGUACCUGGAUCACCUCGGGGUCUCGAGCCGUAUUCCCACCGGGAUCAAACGGAAAAACGGAUUAUAUUACCCAUUGUGGAAUAGUAUUAAUGGACGCCUAACGGGGAUCUAACGGGGGACUAUAACGGCUGGAGGGGAGAGAGGGUUUCUCUUCUCAGUAAAUGAUCGGAGAGGAAGCUUCCAUUUUGAGAGAGAAUCAUGGCUAGCGACUCCCCUGCCCGGAGCCUGGAUGAGAUAGACCUGUCAGCGCUACGGGACCCUGCUGGUAUAUUUGAGCUAGUGGAGUUGGUGGGAAAUGGAACCUACGGGCAGGUCUACAAGGGUCGGCAUGUCAAAACAGGCCAGCUUGCGGCCAUCAAAGUUAUGGACGUCACUGGCGAUGAGGAAGAGGAGAUUAAAGCAGAGAUCAACAUGUUGAAGAAGUACAGCCACCAUCGGAACAUUGCUACCUAUUACGGUGCCUUCGUCAAGAAGAACCCACCUGGUAUCGACGACCAGCUAUGGUUGGUGAUGGAGUUCUGUGGGGCAGGCUCGGUGACAGAUCUGAUUAAGAACACCAAGGGGAACUCUCUGAAGGAGGAGUGGACUGCCUACAUCUGCAGAGAGAUCCUCAGGGGUCUGACCCAUCUCCACCAACACAAGGUCAUCCACAGAGACAUCAAGGGUCAGAACGUCCUGCUGACAGAGAACGCAGAGGUCAAAUUGGUGGACUUCGGUGUGAGUGCUCAGUUGGACCGUACUGUGGGGAGGAGGAACACGUUUAUAGGAACGCCCUAUUGGAUGGCUCCUGAAGUCAUCGCCUGCGACGAAAACCCUGAGGCCACCUACGACUUCAAGAGUGAUCUGUGGUCUCUGGGUAUUACGGCUAUAGAGAUGGCAGAAGGAGCACCGCCACUGUGUGACAUGCACCCAAUGAGGGCUCUCUUCCUGAUCCCCAGGAACCCCGCCCCCAGACUCAAGUCCAAGAAGUGGUCUAAGAAGUUCCAGUCGUUCAUUGAGAGUUGCUUGGUGAAGAGUCAUGGUCAGAGACCCAACACAGAGCAGCUGUUGAAGCACCCCUUCAUCAGAGAGCUGCCCAACGAACGACAGGUCCGCAUCCAACUGAAGGACCACAUCGACAGAACCAAGAAGAAACGCGGAGAGAGGGAUGAGACAGAGUAUGAGUACAGUGGCAGUGAGGAAGAGGAGGAGGAACGGGACAUGGGGGAGCCAAGCUCCAUCAUCAACAUCCCUGGGGAGUCGACGUUGAGGCGGGACUUCCUGCGGCUGCAGCUGGCCAAUAAGGAGCGUUCUGAGGCUCUGAGGAGGCAGCAGUUGGAGCAACAGCAGAAUGAAGAACACAAACGCCUCCUGUUGGCAGAGCGACAGAAACGCAUAGAGGAGCAGAAAGAGCAGAGGAGGAGACUGGAGGAGCAACAGCGUAGGGAACGUGAGAUGAGGAAGCAACAGGAGAGAGAGCAGAGGAGACGCUAUGAAGAGAUGGAACAACUACGGAGAGAUGAGGAGAGGAGGCACGCAGAGAGAGAACAGGUACACACACAGGAGUAUAUCCGUAGGCAGCUGGAGGAGGAGCAAAGACAGCUGGAGAUUCUACAGCAACAACUACUCCAGGAGCAGGCUCUACUGAUGGAGUACAAGCGUAAGCAGAUGGAGGAGCAGCGGCAGGCAGAGCGUCUCCAGAGACAGCUGCAGCAGGAGAGAGCCUACCUGGUGUCCUUACAGCAGCAGCAGCAGGAGCCACGGCCACAAGACAACAAACAGCUGUACCACUACAAAGACACAGCCCCCAAUAACGACAAACCUGCCUGGGCCAAGGAGGUGAUGCGUCGAGCCCAGAGUAACUCCCCUCGUAUACCUCCCAAGAAGCACCACUCCUUUAACCUACCUGGAGACGCCAGCCUAUCACACCUCCUCCUGCUCCCUGGUUACAACCCCCGUUCCCGCCCCCCCUCCUACCCCGCCCAAUCAAGUCACUCCAUGGAGAGGCUCCUCCAAUUUGAAGGCCAUAAUGUGACUGUUCCGUGUAUACGUGUGUCCUGCACCUCUGAUCCUGCCCCUGACUCCUCUUAUCCAAUCCUGCUUCAUCCCGAGGCCAGAAGGAGUAGCCCUGAGGGAAGAGUCCAGGAGUCUAGGGGGAGGAGUCCAGGUCGACUGGUGGAAGAGCGUUCCAAGCUGAACAGACAGAGUUCUCCAGCACUGCAACAUAAAGUGUCCAACCGUAUCUCUGAUCCAUCCCUGCCCCCCCGCUCAGAGUCGUUCAGCAGCGGGGGCAUACAGCAGGCCCGAACACCCCCCAUGCACCGCCCCGUAGAACCACAGAUGGCCCACCUGGUGCAAGUGAAGUCCCAUGGUCUGUCUGGGUCCCAGUCUCUCCACGACCCUGCAGGGGUCACAGCCCUGUCCCCCUCCCCAUCCUCCGGCCGCCCCCCCAUGCCCCGCCAGAACUCUGACCCUACCUCAGACACCCCUCCUUCUAUACCUCUUCCCCGCCUCGCUCCCCCGCUCGACAAACUGGACCGCAGCUCCUGGCUACGAACAGACCUAGACCUACCUCCUAAGGUGCCCCAGAGGACCACGUCUAUCUCUCCAGCCCUGGUCAGGAAGAACUCUCCUGGGAACGGACCUGCGGGCCUUGCUCCUAAAGCUGGAGCACACCUGAUACGGGCCAGUAACCCAGACCUGCGGAGGACUGAUGUCCCAAUGGAAACUCCCCUGAAGAGGAAGAGCAGUGGCAGCUCCUCCAGCUCCUCUACCCCUUCCUCCAAGGGGGGCAGCAAUGAAAGAGGGGCAAAUCAAGCGGAGGGUUCUGGGGCAUCGGCCCAGGAGACCAAAGAAGAAAACAGAGAUGUGACGCUGACACGACCUAGCAGGCCCGCGAGCUAUAAGAGAGCUGUAGAUGAGGACCUGACGGCUCUAGCCAAGGAGCUGAGGGAGCUGCGUCAGGGGGAGGAGCCUAAUCGCCCGCCCGUCAAGGUGACGGACUACUCCUCAUCCAGUGACGAGUCACAGAGUGACGAGGAGGGAGAGGGAGGAAGUAACGACGGCUCUGUGUCUGUCAGCGACAUUCCACGCAUCAUGCCGGCUGCGGGGCAGAGUAGUGGUGAGGUGUACGGUGUGAUGGGAGGACAUAAUGAUUCUUACGGCAACCGUUCCCAAGACAGCACCCUGAUGAUGAGAGAGACCUAUGGGGACAGGAGGCGGAACUCCGCUCUCGCCGACAGCAACGGUUUCCCCGGAAACGCCAAUCUGCCCGAUCUGGUGCAGCAAAGCCCUUCCCCCAUGGUCUCCCCUGGCGAUGGCUCUGGGCGCAGCCACCCCAAAUAUGGCAUGGGCAGUGGGAGUGGCUCCAAGUCCUCCUCCUUCACGCCAUUUGUUGAUCCACGAGUCUACGGAACCUCCCCCACCGAUGAUGAUGAUGAAAACUCUGCCUCUGCUCUCUUUACAAAUGAGCUGCUGCUUCAGGAGCAGGAGCAGGCCAGACUGAACGAGGCCAGAAAGAUCAGUGUGGUCAACGUGAACCCGACCAACAUACGACCUCAUAGCGACACGCCUGAGAUACGCAAAUACAAGAAGCGCUUCAACUCUGAGAUACUGUGUGCUGCUCUCUGGGGUGUGAACCUGCUGGUGGGGACAGAGAACGGUCUGAUGUUGCUGGACCGCAGUGGUCAGGGGAAGGUGUAUAACCUGAUCAACCGCCGACGCUUCCAACAGAUGGACGUUCUGGAGGGCCUCAACGUCCUGGUCACCAUAUCUGGGAAGAAGAAUAAGCUGCGUGUGUACUACCUGUCCUGGCUGAGGAACAGGAUAUUACACAACGACCCCGAGGUGGAGAAGAAGCAGGGCUGGGUCACUGUAGGAGAGCUGGAGGGCUGCGUGCACUACAAAGUCGUGAAGUAUGAGAGGAUCAAGUUUCUGGUGAUCGCUCUGAAGAACUCAGUGGAGAUCUACGCCUGGGCACCCAAACCCUACCACAAGUUCAUGGCCUUCAAGUCGUUCACUGACCUACAGCACCGCCCCCAGCUGGUUGACCUGACAGUGGAGGAAGGUCAGAGGUUAAAGGUCAUCUAUGGCUCCAGCGUUGGGUUUCAUGUAAUCGAUGUCGACUCUGGCAACCCGUAUGACAUCUACAUCCCCUCCCACAUUCAGAGUCAGGUGACGCCCCAUGCCAUCGUGGUGCUGCCGCGGACCGAUGGGAUGGAGAUGCUGCUGUGUUACGAGGACGAGGGCGUCUAUGUCAACACCUACGGACGCAUCACUAAAGACGUGGUGCUGCAGUGGGGAGAGAUGCCUACAUCUGUUGCCUACAUCCACUCCAACCAGAUCAUGGGCUGGGGAGAGAAGGCCAUUGAGAUCCGCUCCGUGGAGACGGGACACCUCGACGGAGUUUUCAUGCACAAGCGAGCUCAGCGACUGAAGUUCCUGUCGGAGAGGAACGACAAGGUGUUUUUCGCCUCUGUGCGUUCCGGCGGCAGCAGCCAAGUCUUCUUCAUGACCCUGAACCGGAGCUCUAUGAUGAACUGGUAACCCUGGCAACCCCUCCUUACAUCCUCCCUCCAUACUGUACAUGCCUAACCAGAGGACAGGAUGGAGGGAUGAAAAGAGAGAACUGAGACAGAUGAGUGAACACAGAGUGGCGGCGGCUCAGUGGAGACGGGAGGAAGAGAAAAACCGUCUUCCGUCCAACUCUCAUCGCCAGCCAGCCAGACGCCUGCAGUACUAACCUCCCUCCACCAGAGGAACUAGAGAGGAGCUCUCCAACAACUUUCCAGAUACGCUCAGACAACUCUCUCUGUGGUGCGUUUAGUUUCUCUCAGGCACUGUCCAAGAUGGCCCAUAUUCCCUAUACAGUGCAAUACUUUUGGCCAGAGUAGGGAAUAGCGUGCCGUUUUGGAUGUAGCCUCAGUGUUUGUUUUUGGGAGGUGGUGACAAGAGGUGCUGGUGUAGUCUCCCUCAUGGGGUCAGGGGUACUGAGGGUGUUGUCAUGACCCCUGACCUGUGUGCGUAUAUACGCCGUGGGGCUGAGUGUAGAUUCUUGACUGCAGGAACACUUGAAAAAAUACAAAUAUUGUCACCGGUGGUCACAGAAAAUAUAUAUACUAUUGUCAUUCUUGUUCUAGUUCACCUGUGCUCCCCUCUUUCUCUGUGACUUCUAUUUUACAUUCAAUCUAUUUGGCAUAUUUAUAUUCUGUGUGUUUCACAUCUGUAAAUACACAUUCUAUGAUCUGAAACGGAGCUGCUUCCCUAUCAGACACUCUUACACUGAGACGGAACAAUGGAGGACAGAGAAAAGGAGGAGAUGGAGAGAAUGAUGAGAGCAGUCUGAGUUUGUUUAGUUCAUCUUCCUCCUGUAGAAAUGUCAUU